AUGAAAUUAAGAAAAAUCAUCUUUCAGCUAGAUGAACUAUCCGAAGAAGAUAGGUGGCGUAUCCAGCACGCAAAAUUACAUGAAAAACAUCGUGGUCAUGAGCAAAUGCAUUUAGAAAUGUUUGUAAUUCUUAUUGUCACGUUGAUAUUUGCUCAGAUUGCAUUGGUCCAAUGGAAAAGACGAUACUUCAAAUCUUAUCAGACUAUUUUCGAGGGAAGUGGCACUAGUGGUCUUCUUUUAUUUCAGUUUUGUACAUUAGUUAGUAUGUGGUUGAUUCCUGUGUUUGUCUGCGUGCAACGUCAGUGGUGGCGAUUUCUUGUUAUCUGGAUUGCUUAUACAAUUUUUUCGGCAUUUGUGUGGUACAAAGCUUCACGACCUCAAAUUGCCGGCAAUACACCAAGAUUUGUUUACAAGUGGUUUUUAUUUCUACACAAACUAAGUUAUGUGCUUGGUAUUGUUGGUUACGUUAUCAUUAUGUUCACUUUGUUGGGUUUAAAUGUCCUGUUUGGUUUAAAACCAAGCGUUUGUAUGGAUAGUGGGUUAUUACUGCUUUUCUACGGAUUGUAUUAUGGUGUUUUGGGACGUGACUUCGCACAUAUCUGUACAGAUCGUAUUGCAUCUAAAAUAGGGUAUUACACGCCAGAAGGGCUACCAAGGAAAACGCUGGAAGGUGACGUUUGUGCCGUUUGUGGUAAUCAUUUAGACGAGGACGAAACUGAGUCCGAUGCUGAGGCGACUUAUAGACUGAGUUGUAAUCACGUGUUUCAUGAAUUUUGUAUCAGAGGAUGGUGUGUUGUUGGGAAACAGCAAACCUGUCCUUAUUGUAAGGAGAAGGUUGACCUCAAGCGUAUGUUCAAAAAUCCGUGGGAGAAGCCACAUCUUUUUUACGGUCAGUUGCUAGAUUGGAUUCGGUACCUUGUUGCCUGGCAACCGCUUAUUAUCACUUUUGUUCAAGGAGUAAAUAGUUUUUUCCGAGAAAUGACAAUUUUGAAAUUUAGACAGUACGGCCUUAUACUGAAAAAGGAAAAUGCUUCAUUCAGUGCUUCUUCUAAGGUAGCUGCAGUAUUUGGUGACGACGAAGAGGAGGCUGUUGAUACUGAGGUAAUGACAGGAUUUUGUUUUUUUAAGAUCAUGUCUUCGAAGAAUGCUAGUGUUUCGACAAUGCGUAUCAGGAUGCAGGCAAAGCGGGAAUACGAAAAAGCGUUGGCAGAGGACCCUUCUGUUUUUCAGUAUGACGAAAUUUAUGAAGAGCUUCAGGCCGUUAGAGACGCCAAACAAGAGGAGAAGAAGAAGGCUGACAAAGAAAGAAAUCCCAAGUACAUUGAAGAGCUGCUGAAAGCUCAUAAACGGAGGAAGGUAGAACAACAAUUGAGAGAUGAGAGGAAGCAAGAAAAGGAGCGCAAAGCUGAAGGGGAAAUGUAUAAAGACAAAGAGGUUUUCGUUACCGGUGCAUAUCGGAAGCAGAUGGAAGAGGCGCAAGAAUUGGGGAGGGAGUUAGCACUACAGGACAGGAUUGACGAGAUGACUGCUGUGGAGAAACAGAAAAUGUGGCAGGCUGGCUUUCACCGUACUGUUUUGCAUAAUUUGUCAAGGGAUGGAACUGCUAUUCCUAGUACCAGCAAGGAUGAUAAUGGAGUAAUGAAAGAUGUAGAGGCUGAAACAAAAACAGGUGAUCAUGCUGAAAUGUUGAAGUUGUUACGUCGAAAAGUUGUGGAUUCGAAAGAAGAUUUAUUACCACCUCUGCAAGAUACAAAUAAGAAAUCUGCACCAAGACCCACGAACUCGGAGACAAAUAACGAAAAAUCCAUAUACUCCGAUAACUCCGAAGAAGAGCAGUCUUAUGAAGAAGCUAAAAUUGAACUCAAACCCGGGCUCAAUAUCUUGUCACGACCGAAAAAGUUGACGAAAGCGGAACAGUUACGAAGCCGUUUCACGCCAUCUGACAGUGGUAGUGACGAUGAAGUGGAGAGAGCUCAGUGUAAACGUAGGAGAGCAGAUGACUCAUUAAAAGAAGAAAGGCGUCGUCGAAGAGACUCUGAAAAGAGCUCUCGUAGGUAUUCAAACAAAUCUCGUGAGGGGCGAAACAGAAGUAGAAGUAGUAGUUAUGAGGAAGGAAAAAGGCAUAGAAAAGGCAGAUCAAGCAGAGAUAUGUCAAACGAAAGGAGAAAGGAGACUCAAAAGCGAGCAGGCAGCACGCACCAUUACAGCCAUUCUGAUCGCAGAAGGACGGAAAAGAGAAGGAGCAGAAGCGUGGAAAAGGAGCGGUUCAAAAAAGAAGAGAUUGACCGGACACGAAAGGAAGAGAAGACGGAUGAGCGGAAAGAAAAGAAUUCCAACGAGGAUAGGAAGCCGAAAACAAAAGAAGAAAGGCUCGCGAGGUUGAAGCAAAUACUGAAGCAGAGGAAUGGAGAGGACGAAAUCGCAGAGUAUCGCAAAAGAUUCUUGGAAAGGAAGAAAUCAGGAUUUGUAACCCCACCUUUAUAA